ACAUGUCUAAAGUCCCAGAAGAUUAUGAUUCUGACCCCGAUGAGAAUCUGAGUCUGCAGCCUAAAAGAACUAAAUCUGGCAAAUUACAUAAUGCUAAAGCAGACGCCAUGUUUGAGCUAAGCUCUGAGCUGUCCCCAAAUACUGACCAAGAUCCAGGAAAUGUAGGAAAUGUGCUCCUAGAGCCAACCAGGACAGGCAACGAUUUGGAGGUGCCCGUAGAUAAAAAGGAAAAGGUGCCAGACCUACAACCACCAGACGUUUCAGUUGGUGUACUCAAAGAUCCAGAGCAGAAGACACCAGAUUUUCGAAGCGAAAAACCAAGAAAAUCCGUUGAAGAGGAAGAUCUAUCUCCAUCCAAGAUGACCAAAUCAGAAAAGAAACAAAGUGAGUCAGUUAAAGGAAAAAGUUCAGAGCCAUAUGAGCUAACUAAACCUAAGACCCCAGACCGGAAGCUAAGAAAGUCUACCGAGGAAGCAGUUCUGAAACCCCCAGAGGGCCUUCAAGUCAAGUCCACAGAGCAACCUGAGCAGAUUAAGUUCUCAGACAAGAAACUAAGACAGUCAACUAAAAAGAGAGUCUCAGGGCCUCUAGAGGAUUCUGGAGACGAAUCAAGAAGAUCAAUUGCUGAAGCAAGUCUAGAACUAUCAGAAAAGAGGACGUUAAAAGCUUCAAAGAAAGCACAUAAAAGCUCUUUUGAUGACAAUUUUCCAGAGAUGCUAGAAGAGAUUACUCUAGGACUACUAGAAGAGAUAAAACCAGAUGUCGAAGACGAGACACAAGAAGAGCCAAUUAAGGAAAAAAUCCCAGAACCAUUAGGGGAUAGGAAACCAUCAGCUCAAAGGCACAGGCUGAGAAGAUCAACUGGAGAGUCUAAAUUAAAGGAUACAUUAACAGAGACAAGUAAGGAGAAGGAACCAGUACCACAAACACAGACUGAGCCAGAAAUUCCAAAGGAGAAAGUAAUAAAGUCAACUGAGAAAACUGGUGACAAGCCACCGCAGAUAACUAAUCUAGACAUUCAAGAGAAGACACAACCGGAACCAACCAACGAGAAAAAUCUAGAGUUAUCAAAUGAACCCAAGCCAGGAGAGAAGGAGAAAGAAUUUCCCAAGGAAGACAGACCAGAAUCAAGCAAACCUAAGUAUCCUAUAGGCAAAGACGAGCUAAUGUUCUCUGACUAUCACCCAAAGUUGUCAGAAAAAAAACCUGCCAAGAUUAAAAAUGAGUUUAUAGUAGGAACUCCUAGAGAAAGUGUAGAAUCCUUCAGUACAGUUUAUGAAGCCCAUGAAUUCCUCAAAGACCUUCAGGCCGAUAUGAAUGAACUGUUUCCAAUCAUUCCUUCUUCAGAGGCUCUGGCAGAGCCUUCUAUAGCUUUAUCCCAGGAGACAGAUAUACUAGGACGUAAAGAAUCCAAGUCAAGUCUUAGCCCACAGAUUGAGCACCUUACCUGGAGUCCAGAAAGGGUUGCAGAGUGGAUUAGUGAUCUAGGCUUCCCUCAAUACAAGGAGUGUUUUACUGAAAACUUCAUCAGUGGCCGAAAGCUCAUCCACGUCAACUGCUCCAACCUGCCUCAGAUGGGAAUAACUGAUUUUGAAGACAUGAAGACGAUAUCGUACCACACCCGAGAGCUGCUGGGGAUUGAAGAGCCGCUGUUCAGCCGCAGCAUCAGCCUUCCCUACAGGGACAACAUGGGCUUAUUCUUAGAGCGCAAGGGGCAUAGCGGAGUGAAGUCUGAUGCCUUGACCUUGUCAGAGUUUGUUGAAGCAGCAGGAUUACAGGAGUAUAUUCCAGAGAUAAAAGUCGAGGAGAAGAAGGAAGACCUGGUGCCAGAAAACAGCCAGGAAGAAAAUGAGGACUUCUAUGAUACCACUUAAAGACGGAGUGUGGCUUGGCAGCAGUGCUGCUGCUCUGGGGUCACCCACACUUCUGUGUGUUCAACUACCUGGGCCCGAUGACCCCUGGCCUACACCAGAUAAGAGCACAUCUUAGUCUGAUUGCAAUGAUCCUGAGAAUAAAAAAGAAGAUAGAGGCUGGAGAGCCGUCUCAGCAGGUCAGAGUGCUGCCUCCCCCUCCUCUGCCCUCGGCAUGCCCAUGAACAUCUGACAACUGUGGUGCACACAAACUCAUGCAGACGAGCCUGCAUACACAAUACCUAAGACUUUAUGAAGUGGAGCGUAAAACAGUCCCAAAAUAUCAAUUUCCAGAGUAUUUGUCUCCCCGGUUUACCAUCUGGGUAAGGACAGCUCAAUGGAGCCAGGAACUGGACGAGAAGGACGCGAACCAGGUAGCGAGUGAUGUGGGUGAAAGAACAAAGGUGGCCUGAGGACAGUGAACGUGUGCAGCUCCAGGAAGGAAGAGCAGAGCCCAGGAAGUGAUGAGAAUGAGCAUGGGGCUGCGAGUGGAUCGGGGCCUUCCACUUACCUACACUGGAGGUAAUGAGCUAUCGCGGGCUAGACAGACGACUCAGCGGUUAAACACAAACCGCUCUUCCAGAGGUCCUGAGUUCCGUUCCCAGCAACCAUACGGUGGUUCACAACUAGCUACAGUGUACUC